AUGGGGGACGCAGACAUCGAGGCGAGCGAAGCCUUUCAGGUGGAGCGAGAUGGACCGGAUGAGGAAGAGCAAGAGGAAGAUCAGGAGCUCGGAUGCUGCGGGAGGUUCCACACCUCCAUCUCCAAGUGGAUGCUCCCCGAGGACCUGAGAGAGACGUACCUGGAACGAGCCAACUGCUGCCCACCUCCCAUCUUCAUCAUCCUCAUCAGCAUCGCCGAGUUGGCGGUGUUUGUUUACUACGCCGCGUGGAAGCCGCAGAAACAGUGGAUCACUCUGGACGAGGGAAUCUGGAGGAGUCCGCUCACCUACAAACCCGAGUUCCGUCAGGAGGCGUGGCGGUUCUUCUCCUACAUGUUCGUACACGCCGGGGUGCAGCACAUCCUGGGGAACCUGGUGCUGCAGCUGCUGCUCGGGAUCCCGCUGGAACUGGUCCAUAAAGGCUUCGAGGUGGGGAUGGUGUACCUGGGCGGAGUUCUGGCAGGAUCGUUAGCCAGUUCCAUCUUUGACCCGUACAGCGCUCUGGUGGGGGCGUCAGGAGGAGUUUACGCUCUGAUCGGAGGAUAUUUCAUGAACGCCGUGGUGAACUUUAGGGAGAUGAUUCCUCUGCUGGGAAUUUUCCGCAUCACCGUCAUCGUCCUGAUCGUUGGAACAGACGUGGGUUUCGCUCUGUACAGGAGAUUCCUGACUGAUGCUGCUGGAUUAAAGGUGUCGUUCGUGGCUCAUAUCGGAGGAGGAAUCGCUGGAAUGACGAUCGGUUACGUUUUCUUCACUAAUUAUAAUCAGAAGCUGCUGAAGGAUCCGAGGUUCUGGUUCUGUAUCGUGGGUUACAUCGUCUUCCUCAUCUUCGCCGUGCUCUUCAACAUCUUCCUCUCUCCGGCUCCACAUUAA